AUGGAGGCUAUUUCUUAUGUUAUUUUGACCCUGGCAUUGGUAGCUACUCUAGCCCUUGUCUCAAAAAUUUUCUUCCCCCAAUCCCAGAAGCUAAAAUUUCCACCAGGCCCCAAACCAUGGCCUGUAAUUGGCAACCUCAACCUCAUUGGUCCUCUGCCUCAUCAAUCCCUUCAUAAAUUGUCCCAAAUUUAUGGACCAAUAAUGCAGCUCAAGUUUGGCUCCUAUCCAGUUGUGAUUGCCUCAUCUGCAGAAAUGGCAAAACAAUUUUUGAGGACACAUGAUCACAUCUUUGCCUCUAGACCCCAAACUGCAGCUGGUAAGUACACAACUUAUAACUACAGCAAUCUCACUUGGGCACCUCAUGGUCCUAUUGGCGCCAAGGCCGCAAAAUUUACCUCUCCCAUCUGUUUAGCUCAAAGAUACUAG